UCAACUCGCCGAUAACGAAUCGUAGCCCUUAACGAAUCAGACAAUAUUCAACAGAAUGGAAUUUUUGUUUAAUGCAUGCCUUUUAAAAUCAUAAUGCAUCAGUCGUUGAGGUCUUUCAUUUUGACUUUUGCAGACUAAAAAUGGUUGUUGUCAAUUAACGUGUAUUGAUCUUGGUAGAUGAAAUGCAAACACGGCGUCUUUUUGAUCCAGAUUCAGAGCCUCGUUUUAAAUUGAAAGGCCGAAGUUCACCUCGUGUUUCCUGGCGGUGAUUUUCAGCGAACAAUAAAAUUGUUGCUUAAAAGCAGGGUCAAGAUGCCUUGUAAGAAAAAGAAGGUUGUCCAACAUGUGCACUCCAGCCCUGCACAGAAAUCUGCAAAGGCAGUAUCCAAUAAAUACAAACUGAAAGGGAAGCGGAUGAGUCCGAGGAAGACGAUGGCUGUACGGAGAGCCCUUUAUAGCGUAUGUAAUGAAAGUAUGUCUUUAAGAAAAGCUGCCCGUGAAUACAAUCUAUCAUAUAGCUUUUUACAGAGGAGAUAUUCUGGUGAAACUGACAUAGAUAAGGUGAAAGGUCCAGCUACUGUUUUCACUAAAGAAGAGGAGGAGAAUAUGGCCUCAUGGUUAAGUGAGAUGGCGCAGAGAGGCAUGGGCCUUAGACCAUGUGAAUUCCUGGAUUUUGUUCAGGACGUAGUAAAACGGGAGAAAAGGAAAACGCCUUUCACUGAUGGUAGACCAGGUUACAGUUGGUACAUUGCUUUCAUGAAUAGGAACUCACAUAUCAUAGACAUUCGCACAGAAACUCCACUUGAGCUGAAGCGCUCAAAAGUUACCAAGGAUGUCACUGACAAUUGGUAUUUGAAAUUUAGAAACUUCCUGGUGAACAAAGAGUGCAUUGAUAAGCCUUCUCGUAUAUGGAAUGCAGAUGAAACUGGUUUCAAUAUGGGAAGUAACAAAUCAAGGGUAAUUGGUCCUGCUCGGAGAGAUUUGUCAGUGCCCCACAUAACUGCAGGGAAAGAAAGACUUACAGUUAUGUACUGUGGUUGUGCUAAUGGACAGAUAAUGCCACCAUUUUUAGUAUUUCCAGAACCUAAACCAAGGUCGUACAAUCCAUUGAAUGGAGCUACUGAGGGAUCAGCCAUCGCUUACACCAAGAAAGGUUGGAUGGAUGCUGUCACAUUUGGAAAAUUCAUUGACCAUUUUGAUAAGCACGCUGGAACUGAUCGUCCUGUUGUCUUGUUGCUAGACAGUGUCAGUAGUCAUGUUGAUCACAAAGUGUUCAUGGAUGCAAAGAGCAAGGGGAUAGAGUUGUACAGGAUCGUGCCUAAUGCCACCCACCUGAUGCAGCCGAUGGACAAAGGCGUCUUCGGGCCAUUGAAAUCAAAGUGGCAUUUGGUUGCAAGAAAGUACAGUAGGGAAAAUCCUGGAAGAUCGAUUGGCAAGGAGGUGUUUGCCGAGAAAUUGACAGAGGCAUUUCUCAAUUUCUACAAACCGCUAACAGUCAUUAAUGCAUUCCGAUCCUCUGGUAUAUACCCGGUAUAUGCAUCUGUUAUAACUGAUGAAAUCCUGAAACCUGGAAGAACGUUCUUCACUUCCAAACCAGAAGAACAACCGUCAACUUCUGGAAGAGUGUCACAAGUCAUGCCCAUGGAAUGUUCGCCUGGUCAACAAAAGGCAAAGGGUGCUCUAGAGGUAUUUGAAGAGACUUUGUCCACACCAGUUCUAAAGAAGUACAGGACAAGAAUAGAGGAAAACUAUGACAUUGAAACGCAGUCACCCUGUUUUGAGGUCUAUAAGAAACUGCACAGUAAAGUGCACAAGACAGCUGAACCCCCAUCAUCUUCACAAGGGAGUAGUUCAUCUGGUCAUCAUACUGGACUGCACAUGCUAGCAGAUGCUGCAUUCCAAGCCACACAGACGUCAUCAGUUGUAACACCUGACAUCGUGUCACUUCUGUCCACACCGCCAUCCACUUCAUCCUGUCUGGUUUCACCUGUAUUAAGAGAAGCUCUUGUUUACCCUAAGGCUCCAGAAACAUUGAAACCAGUCCGGAAAACACUGUUGAACACUUUGCCAGACAAUCUGACCUCAACAGAAAGUAUUCGUACAAUGUCACUGAAGCAGUUAGAAAAAAUUACCAAAUUUACAGAAAGAGAGAUUAAGACAAAAGCGGCGUACCUGAAAAAACAAGCCCAAAUCUCUAAGAAAAAUGAAAAAAAGAAAGGGAGCUCAGCUGCAAAUCCUAAGAAAGGUAAAGGACCCUUGAAAGGUAAAGGGUGCUUAAAAAGAAAAGUGGAAAAUGUUGUUCCCCAAGAAGAAACAACAGGAUCAAGUAUGUCGAAGGACUUCUGUAAAGCUUGUCUAACCACAUGGGUGGAAGAUAUCACAUCAGGUGAAAAUCAACUAUGGAUACAGUGCGACCAAUGUGACGGAUGGGUACAUGCAGGUUGCCUAACGGAACGUGUGGAUGAAGAUGAGCCUUUCACCUGUCCAGAUUGCGUUUAG